GGGCGCAGAGCUGGGCCACGGCGCGGGGGGCGGCGGGGACGGCGGGGACCGCUGGGCGUGGAGUGGGUUGGAUAGCGCGGCGGACAGCGCGCCCCCAGCCCGGCACGCUCGAGGCCCUGGCGGCACCGUGCAGGAUGCAGGCCAGGGAUCCGGCCGCGGCGGAUCUCUACGAGGAGGACGGCAGAGACCUGGACUUCUACGACUUCGAGCCGCUCCCCACUCUGCCGGAGGACGAGGAAAACGUGUCUCUGGCCGACAUCCUCUCCCUACGGGACAGCGGCCUCAGCGAGCAGGAGGCCUGGGCCGUGUGCCUGGAGUGCAGCCUGUCCAUGCGCAGUGUCGCGCACGCGGCCAUCUUCCAGACGCUGUGCAUCACGCCAGACACCCUGGCUUUCAACACCAGCGGGAACGUGUGCUUCAUGGAGCAGCUCAGCGAUGACCCCGAGGGCGCUUUUGUCCCCCCAGAGUUCGAUGUGACUGGAAACACCUUUGAGGCACACAUCUACUCCCUGGGCGCCACGCUGAAGGCUGCCCUUGAGUACGUGGCAGAGCCCACGCUAGAACCCAGGCUGAGCCGCGACCUGGAUGUACUGCUGGGCCAGAUGCAGGCAGAGGACCCCAGGGACCGGCCUGACCUGGAGAGCAUCAUAGCGCUGUGCCAGGAGAAGAUGCAGCUGGCGUCCUCCUGCCGCCUGUGCCGGAGCCUCUCUGCCGCGGGGAGGAGAGUGCUCUCCAUCGAGUCCUUUGGAGCACUGCAGGAUGUUGGGGAGAACGCCUGGCGGCAGAGACCUGCUCCCAGAAGCACAGGGCCCAGGAGGCCACCUGGAGACUGUGGCACUGACCCAGAGCCCCUGUCCCCCACCCCUGCGGGGCCAGAGCCAGAGACCAGCCCCCAACCCUCCACUCCCACUCCUCUGCCACCCACUUCUGUGAGGAACAGUGAGAGUCACACCCGGGAGGGGCUGGCCAGCCUCUGUCUGGACACCAGGGGGCCCCUGGACGAGCCGGACAGUGACCUAAGGAGGGGCCACCUGAGGAAAGUGCAGAAUGUCCCCAGGCUCCUGCCCGAUGGCCCAGAGGCCAGCUCACUCCACUUGUCAGUGGCCAGUGGGAAAAACCAGCUGCCCACAUCCGAACUCUUCCCUCCAGACCCUGGGAAGAUCUUUACAGAAGUGAAAAGUGGACCCUGUAGCUCCAGGGCACAGCCCACAGGCAGACCAUGGCCCAAGCAGGACCCCACACCACAGCUGGAUGGGGAUCCCAGUGCAGACUGCAGCAGGGAUAAGGGACCAGGGGGGCCAGGCAACUCAGGAUGGCCUGAGGCCUCACACUCUGGCUGGGAGCUGACAGAGGACAGACCCGCACCCUGUCCCAUAAACCCUCGUGAGGCAGGCCAUGAAGCCUGGAUGCCUAGAGGAGACAAGGGGACGCUGGAAAGAGCUGGGCAGCUGGGAGCUACUGCCACGGAGCAGUGGGUGUCCCUGCAGGACCUCCUAUGGCAGCUGGGCCGGCCCCUCCGGGAGUACGAGUUGUGGGCCCUCUGCCUCGCCUGCCUGGGCAUGCUGCAGACGCUCCCUGAGCACCCAGCCUACCUGUGUCUGGACUCCGUGCUGGUGGCCGAGGAUGGUGCUGUGCUCUUCGGGCCACCCCCGGCUGAUGGCUCUUAUGAUGCGUUCUUCCUGGCUCCCGAGGUGGCAGAAGAAAGGCUGGUGACUGAGAAGGCCUCGGUGUACUGCGUGGCUGCCAUCCUGUGGACAGCCGCCAAGUUCAGCGUUCCCCGCAACCAUAAACUGGCCCUGCCACGCAGGCUCAAGACCCUCCUCCUAGACAUGGCCAGGUGCAGUGCCCUGGAACGGCCGUCCAUCGCUGAGGCCAGCAAGGUGUGUGGCAGUUACCUCCUCCAGCGGGGCAUGGACGGCAGGAAGGUCUUGGCCCACCUGAGGGCAUCCACCUGCAAGGUUCACCAGGAGGAACAGAGCAUCAGUCUCCAAAAGGCUUUCUCAGUGGCUGAGCCGAAGCCCAGCGUGGUGCCCACUUCAGAGUCCGGCCCAGGCUUCGUGACAUUCAGCAGCAGCACCAGAAUUGCAGCUGUGCCAAGGCCCAUACCCUGCCAUCCUUCCUGCUGUGAUGGAGCCACCCCGCUGCCAGCUUCCUUCACCUCUGAGGCCACUCACUUUAGGCCCAUUGUCCUUGCACAAGACACAAUAGUUCCCAGGGACCAGCCUGCCUUGAGCUCAGUGCCAGUGGAGGGGCCAGCGGAGAGAAGCAGCCAGCCAGAGGGCAGCAGUGAGGGGACACACUGCUCCGGGGCCCCCUCUGGAGACAGCCUGGAGGCACCUGGUCCAGAGCACCAAGAAAUGGCCCCAGAACCUCUCAGGGAGUCUGUAUGUCCAGGCUUUUCCCUAGGGAACCCGCACCCCCCACCCCUGGCCCCCGAGAACCUGUUGGAGGGGGCCUUAUCAGUGACUUCCAGCUCGGCUGACCCAACCCCACCCCUGAAGCCAUCAGUGCCACCCCCACAGCAAGGGACAAAUGGGCAGAUCCUACCUGGAUCCACUUCUGAGCUCAAGCCCUGCCCUCCAGGGCCCACCAUACACCUCAUGGGGCCCCGUCCUGGCCAGGAAGGCCACAGUCCCCGCCAUCCCCCCAAGCCACCCCGGAGCAAGGCCACUGAGCGCCUGGGCCAUGAGCCAGAGGGUCCCCCACCACCCUCAUGGGGCCCCACCCUGGCCAGGGAGAAUCCAGACAGCCCCAGGGGCAGCCCUGCCGGGGGGUAUGAUGACAAUAGCCCCAAGAGGCCCCAGCCAACAGACUGCAAGCUCUGCCUGCCCAGCGUGGACCCUUCACCCUUUGCAAAGAGGGAGGCCUGCCCAUCCCUUCAAGAAGCCACACGCCUCAUUCAGGAGGAGUUUGCUUUUGAUGGCUACCUGGACAACGGGCUGGAAGCUCUGAUCAUGGGGGAAUAUAUUUUCGCCUUGAAAGAUCUCACCUUUGCCACUUUCUGUGGCGCCAUUUCUGAGAAGUUCUGUGACCUCUACUGGGAUGAGAAGCUGCUGCAGAACCUCUUCAAAGUGGUGAAUGGGCCAGCCCUGCCCUCCCGGAGAGCUUCCGAGGAGGCUGGGUCUCCAGAGUACAGGCCGAGUGGUGGCUCACCAUCCAGCCAGACACCCUCUCUGCAAGGACUAGGAAAAGAGAAGCCAGCUAUGGCCAGGACUGGCCGAGCCCCCAGCUCUGCCCCCACCCUGCCAGACCUGGAUUCAGACGAGCUCUCACAAGGGAACUUCGAAGUGGGGUUUAGGCCACAGAUGUCUGUGAGAGCCGAGAGACAGCAGCCUGAGGACAGCCAGCCAGUUGGCAGGGCCUCCGAUGCAGAAGCAGUGGUUCAAAUGGCCAGGCCUGGGGAGGGUGGCCCUGUGGUGUCCCCUGGCCCAGCUGGGUUCCAGAGCUGCAGCCCUGGCUGGUCCAGCGCCUUCUACGAAGCUGACUGCUUUGGGGCGGACGUGCACAACUACGUGAAGGCCCUGGAGCGGCAAAUGGCCAGUGGCCUCUCACAGCUGGAUGCCCAGGUCCCGGAGCUGGAGCAGCAGCUCCUCAUAGAAAGGAGAAACUACCGGAAGACUCUGAAGUUCUAUCAGAAACUCUUACAGAAGGAAAAGCGGAGUAAAGGCUCCGAGGUCAGAGCCAUGCUGGCCAAGCUGCGGGCGCAGCUGGAGGAGAUGAGGGCCAAGGUGCAGUUCCUCGGGCUGGUCAAGAAGUACCUGCAGGUCCUCUACGCGGAGCGCUGGGGCCUGGAGCCCUGCGCCCUGCCAGUGAUUGUGAACAUCGCGGCCGCCCCCUGCGACACACUGGACUUCAGCCCCCUGGACGAGUCCUCCUCCCUCAUCUUCUACAACGUCAACAAGCCCCCGGGUGGCGGGCGGCAGAGGAAAGCACGCAUCCUGCAGGCUGGCACACCACUGGGGCUCAUGACCUACCUGUACUCCAGUGAUGCCUUCCUCGAGGGCUACGUCCAGCAAUUCCUCUACACCUUCCGCUAUUUCUGCACACCGCACGACUUCCUGCACUUCCUCCUGGACCGCAUCAGCAGCGCCUUGCCCAGGGCCCACCAGGACCCCACGUCGACCUUCACCAAGAUCUACAAGCGGAGCCUCUGCGUCCUGCAGGCCUGGCUGGAAGACUGCUACACCGUGGACUUCACCAGGAACACAGGGUUGCAGGGGCGGCUGGAAGACUUCAUAUCCUCCAAGAUCCUGCCAUUGGACGGCUCUGCGGAACAUCUGCUGGGCCUUCUGGAAAUGCACAUGGACCGACGGGCUGAAGGUGCCCCUCGAGGCACAGACUUGGAAGAUCUCAAGGAGGCUGAGGAGGACACCAGACCCUUCAACGCUCUCUGUAAGAGGCUCUCUGAAGAUGGCAUCUCCCGGAAGGUGGGGGCCCUUCCAGGGGUUAAGAGCUUCCCCUGGAGGCUUCCCCGGGGCAACGGGCUGGCACUGCCACAGCACAAGGAGCGCCCAUACACCAUUGCUGCUGCCCUGCCCAAGCCCUGCUUCCUUGAGGACUUCUACGGUCCCUGCGCAAAAGCCAGCGAGAAGGGGCCCUACUUCCUGACGGAGUACAGCACACACCAGCUCUUCAGUCAGCUGACGCUGCUGCAGCAGGAAUUGUUUCAAAAGUGCCAUCCUGUCCACUUCCUGAACUCACGGGCCCUGGGCGUCAUGGACAAAAGCACAGCCUUCCCCAAGUCCAGCUCUUCUGAGUCCCUGUUGGCCAAAACCUGCAGCUUAUUUCUGCCCAAUUACAUCCAGGACAAGUACCUGUUACAGCUUUUAAGAAAUGCUGACGACAUUACCACCUGGGUGGCUGCCGAAAUCGUGACCAGCCACACCUCCAAGUUGCAAGUGAACUUGCUGUCUAAAUUUUUGCUGAUUGCAAAAUCUUGCUACGAGCAGAGGAACUUUGCGACAGCCAUGCAGAUCCUGGGUGGGCUGGAGCACCUGGCUGUGAGGCAGUCCCCUGCCUGGAGAAUUCUUCCUGCAAAGAUGGCAGAGAUACUGGAGGAGCUGAAAGCUGUGGAGGUCUUCCUGAAGAGUGACAGCCUAUGUCUAAUGGAAGGGAGGCGCUUCCGGGCCCAGCCUACCCUGCCCUCAGCUCGCCUCCUGGCCAUGCAUGUCCAACAGCUGGAGACAGGGGGCUUCACCAUGACCAACGGUGCCCACAGGUGGGGCAAGCUCAGAAACAUAGCCAAGGUGGUGAGCCAGGUCCACGCGUUCCAGGAGAACCCCUACGCGUUCAGCCCAGACCCCAAGCUCCAGUCGUACCUCAAGCAGAGGAUCGCUCGCUUCAGUGGGGCCGACAUCUCCACCUUGGCAGCAGACAGCAGGACCAACUCCCACCAGGUCUCCAGCGAGAAACACUCGCGCAAGAUCCAGGACAAGCUGCGGAGGAUGAAAGCCACGUUCCAGUAGCCGAGCAGGUCGGGUGUGGAAUUCUGAACACCAACUAGCCAGGACAGCUGCAGGCAGAGGGAGCACACACCAGGGCCCCAGAGCCCCACUGGGGCUGCACGCCUGGGUGAGGCUGAUCGCAUCGCUGUGAGGUCCAAAGGUGGGAGCUCCACCCAGGCACCGCAAUCUCUUCCCAGAAGAUGGAGGCAGGGCAGGCCAGAGUCUUAGGGGCUUGGAUAUUUCUGCUAGAAUUAAAAAUUAACUUUAUAAAUGAAAGUAGAAUAGACUUCCGGAGAGUUUUGCAAUACCUUUCAUAUGACCCCCUUCAAAAAUCUGCACUGGCUCACCCCCAGGGAGAUUCCAGCUGCACCUGCCCACAGUCUGGCCCCCAUAAAGUGGUCUCAGAACUGCAGCCAAGCACAGCUCCAGGGUUCACAAACCUGCCUAAGCCCCUGCCCCAUCACCCUUCCUGCCCUCGAAGUGUGCAGAUGCCUGGGGCUCACCUGGGAAAGGGAGCAGCAUCCCAACCCAACCUCCUGCAGGGGUGAGCACCUGGGGCUAGACUCCCCCAUGCAACCUAGCGCUCCUCAGCAUGGUACUGCCCUUGUGAGCCAGCCAAGGCUGCAGGGCAACAGGCGCCAAAGAAGAAAUGUCGCAGUCUAGUGUGGGGGCAGCCAACUGCCUCCAGCACCUGCACCUAUACCCUGACCACCAUGCCCACCAUGUCCACGCGCCCGCUGCUCCCAGCAUCCCAGCACUCAAGCCCAAUACCACUGUGCCCAUGCACUGGGCGCUGUCACUCGUGCUUCACCAGAGGAGGACAGCCAGCCCCGGACUUGGUGGCACCAAGCCCCUCCCUGAAGCUCAGCCCCCUAACAGCUGGGCUGAGCUACAGGUGGGAGCCUCCGUGCCCAGGAGGCUGUGAACAGGGCACGGUGGUUCCUGGGGCCAGGGUGGCGCUGGGCUUCUGGCAGGGUCAUUGAGCCUGGGUCCAUCCCACGCUCUGGCUAUCACAGCACGAAUUGCCACAAACCCCAGGAAUUUUGAGUUUUAGAACUGGUGAUUCUUUAGACCAUCCAGCUAGUGGUGUUUCUAGGAAAACUGUUACUUGUGACAAAACACUUAAUUUUCAAUGUUGAGUCGAGUUUUCCCACUCAAGUCUAUUGGAGACACUGGCCCUGCUUAAAUGGAAUGCAGGAGGGCUCAGCGUCUAGUCAUGCGAAGGGACCAUUCUUAGGGUUUUAGGGUUUUAUGUGAGAGGACUGUGUUCUGCAGAUCAAUUCCCACAUUUCAGGUUUUGUAUUUAACAUAGUAGUGUCUGGCCACAGCAGAAUUUCCAUCUUAACAAAUUGUUUUCAUGGGGAAGUGAUCAGGCUUAGGCUUCAGCACAAUCAUUUGCAUGUCUCCCCCAACAUCACAUGGCACCAUUUCUAAAUAAAGUCAUCUCU